CUGAUAAAUUUCACCUAGAGAUCACACUGCGCAAUGGAUAUUUAUUUCCCUUCUGGCUUUCCAAUGUGUAGAGGAAUAACAGGGCUCUCAAACAAUUGCCUAGAAAGGGCCAAAAGAUUAAAGGCAUGCGUAGGAGGAUUUCUGCAGAGACAAGACUUGAGCAGCCUAUGUAAAUAUAGAAAACCAAGGUUGACCUUGGAGGAAUGUCUGCUGUGGAAACUGUCUUUUGAGAAGCUUCUGUCCAGCAAACAUGGACUAUAUGCCUUCAGAGCUUUCCUGGUAUCUGAGUUUAGUGAAGAAAACAUUGCUUUCUACCUGGCCUGUGAGGACUACAAAAGUACAAAGUCUGCAGCUAAGAUGCCAUCCAAAGCCAAGAGGAUCUACGAGGAGUUUAUCGGAAGUGAAGCUCCUAGAGAGGUUAACAUUGAUUAUGAGACCCGAGACAUUACUCAAGCCAACUUGAAAAGCCCUACGGCAUCCUGCUUCGAUAUGGCCCAGUACCGCAUCUAUAUUCUCAUGGAAAAGGACUGUCACCCACGAUUCCUGCGCUCUGCUGCCUACCGAAAUCUAGUCAACCAGCUCACAGUGAAGAGCGCUAAGGCAAGAAGCAAAAAGGCCAUUGCAGCCAGACCACCAAUCGAAGAUGAAGAACCAAAAUGAAAAAUGUAGGUGCAUUUUGGUUCUGCAAAAGGUGGAAGCUCGGGCAAGAAUUGGAAGGGACCGGUGCAGACCCUAACAAGGCUGAUUGAGGCGGUCGGAGUGCCAUGAAGAGAUGAAGAGAACCGCAUAACGGAAUCAGAGUGACUGCAUUCCCAGAUCCCCUUAAUAGUGUCCAUGAGAGGGAACAGCAGAGCUGCUGGUGGAGAGAGAUGCAUCUGCACAAAAACCUGUACUCAACACAAAGGAGAUACAGACUUUACUGAAGUACGCAUGGGCUUAAAAGC